UCAAAGACUAGAGCAGCACCCCAUGCAUGGCUGACAACCGUGUUAACCACAACGUUCAAUCCUCAGUGUUCAAUGUUCUUCUUCAUAGAUGGCAAAACCUUCGCCACCGCUGUCUUCACGGACUUCAUGGAUCAGUUCCGGGACCCUUGUGGUGUAGGUGUGUUCGAGGUGGCAGUGGACGGCCAGGACGCUAACGUGACGAAGGCGCAGCUCUCCCGGGUGGUCGACGAGGCUCGGCGGCUGCGGCAGGUGUCAUGGUGCGUGACGGUGGUGGUGGUGAGCGACGACCCAGCCUUCCUCGCCGCCUUCGCCGAGUGGUCCCUCAAGGGCCACCUCCUGGUGUGGUCGACGAGACUCCUCGCCGUAACUCACCUGCCUCUCCCGGGCCUACGCUACAUCCACAGGACCUUUUCCAGGAUGAACGCUAUGGUCGUCAUUGUUGAAGGCGCACCUGAGACAUUGAAGUGCAAUGUGUACAUACACUUACCAUACAGUUCUCCAGAGGACCGAGCGAUGCGUCUUGCCUUCUGGACGCCCCAGCGAGGUCUCACCUUCAAUACCCACUUGCCACUUUUCCCUGACAAAUACUCCAAAUUCCUUAACCGACCAACCCUUGUCGUGGCAGCAGAGGAGGUCCACGCCCAGAAUAGUGCCAAGGGUCGCAAGAGUCACAAGCUGGAGUACCUAUCACAAGGCCUUAAUUUCACGUACAAGUACGUGCAUCCUGCUGAUGGGACGUUUGGCUCUGAGCAAGAUGACGGGUCGUGGUCGGGAAUGGUAGGCAUGGUGAGCAGAGAGGAGGCAGACUUCUCGACUGGACCUUUCAGUCUAUCAGCCAGCCGGGCUGAGGUAGUGGACUUCACCUGGCCAGUGUCUAUAUCGUACUCAAGAUUCGUAGCAGGACUCGGACGGCCAGAGCUGGACCCAUGGGGCUUCCUGCUGCCCCUGGCACCACUGGUGUGGGCGUUCAUCCUGGCGUCGUUACUGCUGCUGCCUGCGGCCAUGUUCAUCUUGUCUUUGUGUUCCUCUAUGAAAGAUACUGACCAAUGGGUAUGGGUGACGGAUGGCUUCACCUUACUCCGUAUAUUAUUACAACAAGACACUUCGGUGCCAGACAACUGGUGGUGGAGACGGGUGGUGGUGGCCGGGUGGAUGGUUGGGGCGCUGGUGUUGAUCAGGAGCUACUCUGGUAACCUCAUGUCUGUACUGGCUGUACAAUACAUCAAGCAACCAUACCAGACUCUCCGGGACGUCCUGGACGAACCUUCCACCACUAUGAUAGUGCAGAUCAACACAACUAAUGUCCAAUAUUUCCGUAGUGUGGAGUCUGGCAUCUUCCGGGAGGUGGCGGAGCUUGAGCAGAAGGGGCUUAUCAAGUUCCAGAAGCUUUCCGAGUUCUUCCAUAGUAUGGACACCCUUGUGAGACACGGCCACCACGUCUUGUUCAGCAUUGAGAUAGUCAUCAGUAUGAUCAUUGGCAGAGACUUCUCAAAAUCAGGUCGCUGUGACUAUUACUCGUCUAGGGAGAGGUACCUGCCUGUGGUGUUAUCCAUGAUAGGCCAGAAAAAUAGUCCCCUUGUACCUGAACUAAGCAAAAGGAUAUGGUCCAUGACAGAGAGCGGCCUCUACAACAAGUGGUUUGAUCUGGUCGUCCCAAACUCUACUGCCUGUACUUACCCUCCCACGAAGAUCACCCAAAGUGCCUCCUUCUCUCUCGCUCACUUCUCGGGGUUGUUCGUGGUGCUGGCUGUUGGUCACUCCCUCAGUUUGCUGGUGAUCUGCCUCGAGCUGCUCCUUCAUCACGUUCUGGCCUCUGAUAUCCACCGUUCUCCUGGUCAGCUCGCCAGCGCCUUUACCAAUUAUGACGUUGAAAAUUAAAUUUGGUAAGGUUUCAUAAAUAAACUGUUAGGAAUGGUCAGUAAUCCAAUACUUUGUUCAUGGACAUAAGAGAUAAUAAUCAUUGUAUUGUCUGGGUUAAUGCCCCCCUCAAUCUUACCUUGUAAUUCAAAUUAUCAGAAGAAUAAUUAUAGAAUCUGUUAACAUGAAUAUGACUAAAUACAAACAAAUUGGUUAGUUUUGUCAUCACGAAGAAUUGUAACGAGGAAAAAGGUAUGGACAACUACUUAGUGACCUUGUUAUUUACAGCUCCUCAGUCUCAACUCACCCAUUGAUAAAUGAAUUACAUGAAAGCACUUGGGAACUUCAUGCUUUCUGUUUUAUGUGGUUUUCAGCAUGUGUGUGUGUGUGUGUGUGUUGAUUUCUAAGUGGAAGAUUCUGGUUCGAGCGGUCCCCAGGGAUCUCAUUUUCUCUCUGGUCCACUUAAGUGGUCGUCUUCCCUCUGGAUUACAGUUUUUACCUUGUAUCAGGGAGUAAGUAUAGUCUGGUGACUAUAAAUAUUAGAGUAUAUUCCUGAACGGUUACAGAGACUGCCGACCUGAAGGAUUCUCCAGUAGUGCUUGGAUAGAUCUGUGUUAACUGAGCCACAGCUGCUUACUGACUGUCUGACUCUGACUGACUAAUUCACGGCACAUGCUCGUGGGUGGAAAGCUAUGAUUCAUUCUAGCUCAACAUGACAUGACGUCCCAAGUGUUUCGAGUUUACUUACAGAAGUGUGAAUGGUGAUGCUCGCUCAUCUGUAAGGAGCAGAUUUCCAGACAGGAAUCUAUCCAUGUUUAAAAACCCUGGUUUAUUAGUAGAGCGCUUGGCGACUUGGAGUCAGCAUACGUCCUACGGAAUAUCAGAAAUCCUAUAAAACUAGAAGUUAAAUUAAGAUAGCCACCUACUCGGGGCGUUUCACAAAAUGGACUAUUGACCUGUGAUGACUACUUACAAAUGCUCGGCCACCUCAGUAAACUUGUCCUCAGAUUUUAUAUUUUGCAAGAACUUUAAGUACCAAAGUUAAAAAAAAAAUACCCACAAACAGUAUAGAAUUCAAAAGUCUGCAUUCAUUAUUAAUGGCGUUCGUUGAUAGUGUCCCCAGUAAAUUACCACCAUCUAUGGUAAUUAGGCAGCACGAUGUAUCAGU